CCAACAGUGGCAGCUGGCAGCAGUGCUCAGCUCGGCUCAGCUCGGCUCUCUGGCUGUUGUACGCGGAGCUGCAGCGUUUGCUCCCCUGCAGACACAGUGCUGCUGCCUGGUUUAAGCACUUUUCCCACGACGAGGACGCACAGCGUGGCGCCUCUUUUCAGCCCGGCUCUUUCAGCAUGGGUAAUGGCAUCAACAAGGUCCUGCCUGACUUAUACCUGGGAAAUUUCAAAGAUGCAAGAGACCGAGAACAGUUAGCCAGGAACAACAUCACACACAUCCUGUCCAUUCAUGACAGUGCAGCUCCCAUCCUCCAGGAGAUGACCUAUCUCUGCAUUUCAGCAGCUGACCUGCCCACACAGAACCUGACCCAGCACUUUAAACAGAGUAUAAUGUUCAUGCACGAGUCCCGCCUCAAAGGAGAGGGCUGCCUCGUUCACUGUUUGGCAGGUGUGUCCCGCAGCGUCACCCUUGUAGUAGCUUACAUCAUGACCGUGACAGGCCUGGGCUGGCAGGAGGCACUCGCUGCAGUCAGAGUGGCCCGGCCCUGUGCCGGCCCCAACCUGGGUUUCCAGCGCCAGCUCCAGGAGUUCGAAGCUGCUCAUGUUGAUGAGUUCAGAGAAUGGCUGCGCAGGGAAUACGAGGACAACCCGUUCAACGAUGACACUGAUAUACGGGACUUGCUUGCCACAGUGUCCAAAAUGAAUAGUGAAGAGGUGAAGAAAGAGACAAAUACCCCACCUGUAGGUUUUUGAUCAGAAUUGUUGAAUGUGAUAUUUUUGGCUGAGUCUGAUACUGGACCUGUGUUGAAGUCUAAUGAGCUUC